CCUGCCUGGUGCUCAUAUUCUUUCGUCCUCCCUUUUUAUAUUCUUACUUCGACUCGGGCUGGUCCCCACCAGGCUUCGGCGAACGUACACUUCUAUCAGCACGAAAAGACACCAAUUAAAUACUCCGCCAACAUGCUCUCCUCCAAGCCCAACAAGCUUGUCCUUACGCUCGUUUUCUAUACGCUCUUCGCCCUAAUCCUUGUCUCUACCGCCGAUGCCAAGGGCUUUGCCGCCGUCCCCGCACGACGAGCCCAUGCCGACGUCAAUCGCAUGGUCAAGAAGAGGUCCUUCGUCGUGAACCGUGCCGAACCUGUCCUGGGUGAUCUCGGCCAGACCACUACGACUGCUGAGGCCGCAUCCUCGUCCGCUGCUGCUGCUACUUCAUCGUCGGCGGCAGAGGCGGCUACGACCUCCAGUGCCGCCGCUGCGACGACUUCCAGCUCGUCGUCCGCCGCCGCUCAGACGACUACCAGUUCGGCUGCGACGACGUCGGCUUCUUCGUCGUCCCAGACGUCUUCUGCUGCGACUACCUCGGCCUCGUCGAGCUCUUCCUCUUCCGCCGCUACUUCCUCCGCUUCCUCUUCCUCCUCCUCCGCGACCACCUCCUCCGCCUCCACCUCCUCCGCGGCUACCACCUCCAGCGCACAGACCUCCCAGACGCUGAACGUCCAAACGAGCGCCCCUGCCGCCACUUCUGCCGCCGACAACUCGGGCAGCACGAACUCCGUCAGCCACGUCGUCGUCACCAGCUCCGUCUCCCAGGCCGCCGCCUCUGCGACCUCGAGCUCCGAUGCGUCAACUAGCGGCUCGUCGUCCAUCAGCCAUACCGCGGUCACCGUGUUGAUUGUCAUCGCGUCGUCUAUUGCGGGUGUCGCUGUCAUUUGGACUGUCAUUCGUAAAUGGAAGUUCAGACCUUCCUCUCAGUUCGAAGACCGCAUGCAACCCAUCGACUGGCAGCCCUCGACGGAGAGCCACGACGACGGCCUCUCUCGCCGCCCAUCGCACGCCUCCUCGUUCCAUUCUGCCGGCCACGACGCCGGAAACAGCAUGGCGCCCUCGCUCGCCCCGCUCCCCGAGCACGACUUCACCGCGGGCGCGUCGCUCGCGCCCGUCGGCGGCUACGCUGAUCUCGCGAGGGGACCGAGCCCGCAACCGUCCAUGAGCGAACUCAGCCGUGGGCCGAGCAUGGCGAGCCGUUACGACCAGUACGGCGUGCCGCUGCAUCACCAGGGAGGCGGAGGCUACGGCGCGACGCAGAUGGGCGGCGUGUACGAUUACAAUGCGCAACAGCACACUACGGGAUAUUGAGCGGUCGGGCGGGGUUUUAUUUCCGGUGAUUGAACGACGAUGACGACGAAGACAUGUCGUGGUUUUUUUCGGACGAAGAGGACAGUUCAAACUCUUUUCUUUCCUUUCUUUUUAUUCCGUCUUAACAACCCGCAACCCCCCUUCAUUUGACUUCUCUUUAUCUCCCCUCUUCCCCCCGCGUUGUUUCGUUCGUUCGCACGUUUCGUUUGUGUCGGUUGGCCUUUUUACAGUGAAAGAGCGGUCGUUCCAAGCCGUUCUCUUUCAUUUGUAGAUAAACUUUCGCGCCCCGGUCGCUGGAGGUGGCCCCCCUUCUCUUUGCUUCUUUAUCCCCCCUGUUUCCCCUUCUUUGGACCUUACGUGGCAGCCUGUUGCACCCCAGUCUACGCCAGUCCCGCUCCCCCCUUUUCUUGAGCGCCCCCUUGCGUACCUGAACCUGACCCUACCUACCCUUUCGUUCAUCGUCUCCAUCCCGCCUAUCCAUCCACUCGCGCCCGACCCGACUUGAAGAAGAAGAAGAAGUAACCCGAUUUCGAGAUUCGUAUUAUAACACACACGCACACACCCCGCACGGUCUUUAACACAUUCGUUGCCCUUCGUUCCGUUUCUGUCGCUGGACGUUGGACGGGCGGUUCCGUUCGCUUUUUCUUUAUUUGUGUUAUAUAUGAUUUUGGAUGGGUUCUCUUUCUUUUUCUUCGAUGGGUCGGGCUGGUCUGGGUUAGGACUAUGAGGAAGGGAGGAUGGUUUUCAAUGGUUGGGAAGAAGGUCGAUCGGAGGAUUGGUCGAUCGGUGGCGGAUCAUCGUCGUCAUCGUUCGUAGCUGGGUCGGUCCAAUGUACAGGCAGUGUCGUUUCGGUAUCCCAAUAUCAUAUCAUAUCAUCAACUUGAAUAUCCAUAACCAUAACAUACCCGGAGAUUUUGUUUUUGUUUUGCAGCGCUUUUCUUUUCCUUUUCUUUUUUGCAGCGUUUUUAUUCGUGUCCCUUUCUGUUCCUGACCCUGUGGGUUAUUUUAAACAAUUUAUUUCCUUUUUCUUUCGUCCGCGUGUUUUUCCUGUGAACUUUGUUUUUUGUUUUUGCGAUUUAUCUGCUCCCUGUGCUCUUAUACUCGUACACUCGUACUCGUGUUUACUGGAAUGACGAUGAUGCGUAUCGCUGAUGUUGUGGCGGAGGUUCAGAAAGACGGAAAGAU